AGUCUUCGUUUACGGCAGGUCGCCGUGUUACCUUGUGUCUUGUGUGUGGGCGAGAAGAUAGCAACCGUGUCAAUUACUGUAUAUUUUUAUACAAUAAAAUCAACAUGCCGAAACUCAGCAAGGAGACCAAGCAGCGAUUGCAGCAAGUUUUCCAAUGUGGACAGUUCGCCAUACGCUGGGGCUUCAUUCCUACUAUUCUGUACCUUGGCUUUAAGAGAGGUGCUGAUCCUGGGAUGCCAGAGCCUACAGUUUUAAGUUUGCUUUGGGGUUGAGACAGUUGGAGACCAAAGGGAUAUGUUGUCUGCUUAAGGAAGAGACUUGCUGGAAAAUCCUAUUCAGUUCUGUCCAUUGUGCUUCUCUGCAAACUGACUGGCUUCACUGCAUCACUUGUUUACAUGUAACCAUCAGGUUUUCUAAGGGAAUUCCUAUCACUCUGAUUGUCAGUUGCAUUAAAUGCAGUAAAUCCUUUACAAAACAACAUGUGGUGAGGGUUUCUUUUUAUAUAUAUUCUGAAUAAAAACUUGACUUUUGUCUUUA